GGGAAUGUUGGUUGCGGUUAUGGUUUAUUGUAGGCCGUUUACGCUCGGCUGUGUGGUGUGGUUUAUUAUAAAUGAUCGGGCAAUAAAUAUGUCGAGAUAACACAUGUUAGAUUAUUAGAUCGAGUAUAUAACAAACAAGUUUUUUCGCCUGGCUGAUGUACAAUAGAUUUCAGUGUUAUGAUCGCAUCGUAGCGCAAGUUCUAGACUCUUGAAACCAGUCGAUAUUAUGUGGUCGGAACGCGAAAAAGACAUAGGAAUUUUAAAUUAUGAUUCCCAUGGUGUAUACAGUGUAUGGUUUUGCCAUAUUUUUCAUCGUCGCGUGGGUGUGUUUGUGGUUAAUUCAUAUAAUGGCCUUUUCGUAUUCAAAGUGGAAAUUGCAUCGGACUGUGGACCGGUCACCGCCGGAGCAACCGUAUCCCGGUGUUUCAAUCCUAAAACCACUUACCGGUGUCGACCCAAACCUAUUCUCGAACUUGGAGACGUUUUUCUCGCUGGACUAUCCAACGUAUGAAAUAUUAUUUUGUGUGGAGAACGAACAUGAUCCCGCCCUAAUGCUCGUCAAUAGCCUAAUACACAAAUAUCCUCAGGUGGAUUCGAGGGUAUUCAUCGGUGGUACGCGAGUUGGCGUUAAUCCUAAAAUCAACAAUAUGCACCCGGCAUAUUUGGCGGCAAAGUAUCCCUUAAUAUUGGUGAGCGAUUCAGGAAUUCGUAUGCGUGAUGAUACAUUGUUAGAUAUGGUACAACAUAUGAAAGACGACGUUGCGAUAGUGCACCAGAUGCCAUUUACGUACGACGCUGAUGGCUUCGCAGCGGUGUACGAGAAAGUAUACUUUGGUACGGCGCAGGCGCGUAUGUAUAUGGGAGCAGACUUCUUGGGCAUCAAUUGUCACGUUGGAAUGUCGUCUCUGGUGAGACGGUGCGCGUUGGAGGAAGCCGGCGGUUUGGCGGCUUUCGGGGAAUAUCUCGCGGAAGAUUUCUUCAUGGCGAAAGCUGUAGUGUCCCGAGGUUGGCGUAUGCGGGUCGCAUCAUUACCAGCGUUACAAAACUCGGGCUCAAAGUCCAUAGGAGCGUUGCAAGCUCGCCUAAAGCGGUGGGCGAGGUUGCGAAUAGCGAUGGUGCCAACGACAGCAUUGUUAGAGCCGUUGAGUGAGUGCAUGCCUCUCGGCGCCGGCGCGGCCUGGGCGGCCGGCCAGCUAUUUGGCGCGGAACCUCUGCCGUUCUUUUUAGUACAUGUACUCGUGUGGUUUCUAUCGGACUGGCUGAUGUUGCGGUCGGCGCAGAAUGGGUCGCCGCCGUUCACGAAAGUGGAGUUCCUGCUCGCGUGGGUGUGGAGCGAGUGCUGUGCGCCUUUCGUGCUGGCGACGGCCGUGCUGAAUCCCGAGAUCUCGUGGCGGACUCGCAGCUACCGGCUCGACUGGGGAGGCCGCGCCCACGAGCUCAAACCCAAGCUCAAGUUCUGAGCUGGUCCCCCUCCUUAAUUGAAAGCUUUAAUUUGGUGUAGAUUAUGUUGUAUUUUCAAUGGAUACCAUUCAGUACGGCCGAUUUCAUAUGUGAGUUUAUAAUAAUUAUAUUAUAUUAGAGUUAAGUUUUUAUUUUAAUUGCUAUUUAUAGUUUUGAAAUGAACGGUGGACACUUGUUAUUCUUGUUUUAAAGAGUUUUGUACGUUUAUAGAUUAAACAGAAUAUUUCAGCUGUUGUAUCCUAUUUUGUGGUUUAUUGCCUAUAUUGAUCUGCCAUUAUAUUUAUUUGGAAGCCAGCAAUUUAUUAUUUGGAGAUUGUAUUGAUGGGUCAUUGGUGAAUCAAUCAGCCUAGCCUGUACAUAGAGAUAAAGGCAAUACAAUGACACUUUCCAAAUUUGUAUUAUGUAGGGCAAGGCAUGUGUAAAGGUCUUGUAAAUACAAUGGUUUAUACAAUAUCCUAGAUUAAUUGAUACAAAUGAUUGUUUUAUGCUUCAUUUCAUGCUGAUAUAAAUAAAGCAAUAACGCAUAAUAAAUAAUUGUGAUAAUCAAAAAUACAAGUUAGGUAUGUUACUGAUAUUUUCUAAUAACAUUUUGGAUAACUGUUUGGUCAAUGUUCCCACUCUGUUUAAUUUUGUGAAAUUACAUUUAUUUAUGCAACUGUUGCAUUAAUCUAAAUUAAAUCUUACAGGGUUUAACUGUUUCAAAAGCACUUUCCAAUUUAAUUUUCAAUGUACCUUUGGACUGGAUGAUUCAAAAACUUCAAGCGUCACUCAGGUCUGAAAGGGGACCAAAAAUGAGAAAUUAUUUUUCGAACGUAGCCUAAAAGACAGAAUAUCCAUUUAAUUAUUGGACUAAUUAAGUUUUAAUAUUUGAGAAUGAAGACUGGUAUUUAGUUGGCUUCCAAAGGUACUUGAAUCUUUAGUUAAGAAUUAAAUCAAUACUGAGUGCCAUGAAAAACACUUGUACAUUGCAUAAAAUCUUAUUAAGCAUUUGAUUAAUUGAAUGGCCCGAUUUACGAUGUAAGUACCUAGGGUUGCCAAUUUUCAGAAAUAAUUUAAUGACUUUGAAAGCGCACGUAACUGUUACAUAAGGCGAUUUUCACGCUGUCUACCAUUAUUUUGAGUCUGUGUAUUGGCAACUCUAUACGAAUAUUCCAUUAUGACUAUGAGUUAAAUUUAAAAUUGAAACCAUGCGCUUGGUUAGCAAUAAACGUUUCUCUCGUGUCUGAUGAAUCUGUCGUCAGUUAUAUACCAACAAAAAAUAUUGCUUUUUAUAAAAGUGUAUGUACAUAUAACAUAGUACUUAACAUUUCAAUGGAUAUAAUAAUUUAGAAAAUGAAAAUGUGAUUUACUAUCGAGUCAUAUGAAUAUCACAUUUCUGUAUGUGCGUCAUUGUACACGUGAUACGUUAUUGUGAAUCAAUAUACUGAAGAUUUUAUAAAUACUCAACUUUUAAGUCUAAUGAGUGUAAGGUUACUCUGAAUUUCUUUAUAAUUUGGAGAAAGUCUUUAGAAACAUACAUUGUAUCAAGUCUUGGUUAAUUUAUUAAAAAAUUAAUGAGUACGAGGCAACAUCUAAACAUCAUUCACGAGCAAAAUUGCGUUUCAGAACAAAGAAAUUUAAUAGAGAUCAACUCAUUUUUACAAAUUUCAGCCAAGUAGCUCAGUCAUGUUGUAAAUAACACAGGCAUUUUCAAUGUUAGCUAUGCCUGAUUACCAGUUUAAAGAUUUUAAAUAUUUGCAUACGAUUAGAAUCCGAACGUUUCCAUGACAAUGAAAUCCUUAUCACCUCAAUGGACCAUUCAUACAUUUUAUCAAAAGAUGAGUCACGCGUACUCCCCAAAUGCAUUACAACACACGUACGGGAAUAAGCAUGAUACAAUUUGGCCGAAAUUUCUAAGAACAAUUGUCGAUCUUAUUGAUGUCAUCAAGCUUUGUACAACGGCGUUUUAUCGAUCUAUAUAUUCCCAAAUGAUGUAUAAUGCAAAUUAUAUUCUAAAAUUAUUUACACAUCAAUAAUGACACCCCUUAAACAAUAGACUAAUUCAUAUCUAGUGAUGACUUCUCUGGAACAUUAUCGCUCGCGGUUAGAAAUUACCGAUAUAGGUUCUUACGACACGCAUUUCGUAGUCAUUAUAUACCUAUGUGAAUCAGCCGACACGUUAUCAGUUGCGGCAACGAAUCAUGUAUAUUCAUAACCGUUUUACUAAAUCGGCGCAUUUUCACGUAUUUUCGUAAUGAGUAUCAUGCUCUAUUGUUGUGAUAAGUUUUGAUAGCUCGGACGAUUGAUAAAGUUUACGAUGCUAGGGUUGUCACAACCAUGGUAUAAGAUAAAGAACACUGCCCUUAACUAAAUAGUUAGCAAAUCUCAAAUGAAAUGUAAUUUGUUUGAUAUGUGUUUUUUCUAUUUAUCGAGUCUUAGUGAAUCUUACGCGCAACUGUAAAAUAUGGAACGUACUCGAAUGUUACUUCUGAUAAAGAAAUAACUGUUUUAUGUUCGCACAAUUAGACGCAUUCGAAUUGUUAAUAUCCUGGUUCGGGCAACCCUAUAUGAGCGCACCUUUUGAUCAAUUCAGAGUAGCCCUGUACAAUGUAUAUAAAUUCCAUAUCAAUAAAUAAUAAUAGAUUAUUGUAUACCACAGCCAAGGUUCAUGAAGAGGAUAUGAGUAUCGUCACGAUUAAUAUCUAGUACCUACAUGGGAAACAUUGUGCUCAGUGUCUUGUAGGUGUAGAUUGAUUUUGUUGUGAAUGGUAAUCUUGCAUAUAAAUGCUGGAUUAAUCAACAUGGUCGUAGAGUCAUGUUUUCUUUAGGUUAUUUACGUAGAAAUAGUUUUAUAAUAGUAUCACAGUUACAUAACGUAAUACAUUAUAACUUUUGUAGACAUGUAAAGGAUAUAGGGAGUAACACAAUCGGUUAAUUAUAUUUCAAUUUAUCAGUCUUAAAUUAUCAGCAAUGGACAGGUGAAAUUAGGCAUAAUUUAAAAAAAAAAAUACGUUCAUGAAUAAUUUAUCUACAAUUAAAUCAUUUACGAUUACUAAUUUGGUAAAUUAAUUCGUAAAUAAAGUACAAAAUUUCUCUCGCUCGUUUACUUCUAACUUUAGUUACCAAAAUUGUACGAUACAACAAGAAAGGGUGUCACGAACGAUUAAAUAACCGCUUAUAUGUAGUUUCAUUUUACGUGCCAUUUCCUUACAAAUACCCGAAGAUAACAAAUUUACACGUGCAACAAUAUGAAUUCGCGCUAUUUUUAAUGUCGUUGGGACAUAUAGCUUCUUGACAUUCCGAAAAUAUUUGUCAUUUGUGCAUACUCGCAAAUGUGGUAGGUAAAAUUGUAAUACCGUUAUAACACUGAUAAGAAUGUGCUUAUCAUAACUGCAAACACAAUUUUUUCCCUCGCUGAUUAAUUAUUAUUAUCAUUUUGAGAUAGGUCGAACGUCAUAUAGUUUUCGGACGCAAUUGAAAUUACGUUUAUUGCCCGAGUAAAUUCAAAUGAUUUUUUGUUAUAUAAUAUAUAUUACUAGCAAUUCGGCCCGACUUCGCACGGGUACAAUAAUACAUGGAAUAUAAAUAUAAACCUUCCUCGAAAAGUCUGAAAAAUCCCGUAAAAAUCUGUUGCGUCAUUUUAAAGAUCUAAGCAUACAGACAUAGACGGCGGAAAGUGACUUUGUUUUAUAUUAUGUAGUGAUAUAACUACAUUCUUCAUACACGUUUUUUACAUAAUAGCUCUGUUUUGCAGAGUGUUUUUAUUGCAAUAUGUUUAAGUUUUUAUUAGCAUAAUAUAUACAUAAAAAUGAUAAUACAUAUGCCUGACUAGUCUUGUUUCGAACAUUAUUAAUUGCACAAAGAAAAUCGAUUUCUGUCCUUUGUAGUAGACGUAUUAAUAUAUUAUUUUUACCAGCAACUAUAUCUGCAUACGUAAUAAAAUAAUAAACAGUUGAUUCUUUGUGUAGGUGUUAAUCGUUCAAGGUUCUCUCGUCUCUUUGUUUCAAAAACAUACAAAGUUUUAGGCGUUAUAGGUUAGGAUUGGAUAAUGGAAAUUAUACAGUGUGAUAUUAGAUUGUAUUGAUAUUUAAGAACUGUCACAUUGAGCGCAAUGUUUCAGGUGAUUACGUAAUUCCUGUACAUAAUAAUUUUAAUUGGAACUACCCACUGAAGGCUAGACUUCAUAGUUUACGUGUAUUUCCCUCAUAAUUGGCAUGAUAUGUACUGAUGCAUGCAUUCUUGUAAUUAUUUGAUAAAUGUAAAAUACUGAACAAAGGGAAAAGCCAUUGCACGAUAGUACUAAUCGAAAUCUAGCCUAUCUAUCCUAAAUUAUUUAAAUUUGCAAUUUCGACGGUUAUUUUACAAUAUUAUAGUACGAAAAUGAUUGUGAAUUCUGUGAUUGUUUCGAAAAUAAAUUAAGUUACAAUCUUCAAUGCUACGUUUAACUGGACAUUUAUGCGCAAAUUUUAUGUUUAUUUUUAAGAGGAUUAUUUUAAUUUCUAUGUACAAGCACACCGGUUGUUAACAACCGCUGUGUUAUUUAUUUAUUGCUACAAAUGUAUGACUGGUGAAUUUUAUAGUACAAUGGAUGCACAGCCCUGAUACCGAAUCAACAAUGGCGCAGUUUUGAAACAUUUUUGUUAUGUAAUUAUCGAAUACAAAGCAAUGGAAUUAUACGAAUAAGGUGUGAACCCGUGGAUGAGUCGUAUGCGAUAACCAAUUGGGGCAUUUCAAACAGUACCCGAUAACACAGUAGGUACAAGGUACAACUUUUCUGUCAUUUGAGUUUGAAUAACGCCGAAACGUAUGUAAGACAUGUAAAACUCAUAUGAAUUAUGAUUAAUUCUAUUCACUAGAUCGCAUUGUCAAUUCGUUGCAUAUCCCCCGACGCAGAAAGUGUGUUUUUUCAUGUUUGUAGGCGAAUUCGAUUUCUAGCAUCGUAGCUCUCAAACGAAUGGACUGAUUGCGAUGCCGCUUUUUUAUUUGAAAGCCAGUUUGCUGGCGAUGGUUCUGAGCUAUGUUUGGUUAAAAUCGUUCUUAGGCAUUUUUGCAUAUGGCCACUUGAUUAAGUGCUUCACACUUGCGAGUGAAAUAUAUAUAUGAAUACUUAAAACACAAUUCAUAAGAGGGUUUUUUAUUUUAAAUAAAAAAUAAAACGAUUUUACUUGUUAACUAAACUUUAAUUCUAAAGAAUUGAAAAAUGAUUCGCAUUGCCUCUGUUUAAUUGGGUACAUUUAGUAUGCAGGAAUGUGAUAAUUCACAUUAAGAUAAUUCAAUCUAGCUAAAACAUGGACUAUAUCGUGACUAUAAAAUUGCGUAGGACUCAUUCGCGAAGGUCACAGCCAGAUAACUUUUUUCAAUAGCAAAAACUCGCAUUCAGACCGUGUUCAUAAGAUUGACGUUUAUUAUGAUGACUGCAUGCCAACUUAUGAUAUUAUUUUGGAUCAAUCUUCAAUUGCUUCGAUACUUACGUAAAAAUGUGCAGAUGAAAAGAAAACGAGAUCAGAGAUUGCGUUUAUAUUUUUUAUAUUUGGUUGCAAUGGAUUAAAAUGUCAGCUGUUUUAUGUACCUUCGCUUUGAAUUAUGUAAAAGAUAAUUGCCGAUAAAAAGCGCUUUAAACAUAAUUUUCGGUAUCCUAAUGUGUGUAAGCGUGAGUGAAAUCUACCUCAUUAUUAUAGAACGAGGUUAUUUCACGAGAUACGAAAAAUUCGGCUGUUAACCAUGUUUAUAUUGUACUAUUAAUUUUAACA